AUGGCAAAAGUUGCUACAGACUUUGAAUUUAAGCAUCACGAAGAAGAUGCGACGUUUGGAGAGCUUUUAAAGCCCGUAUACCGAGGGAAAAAGCUGACAGAUGAGAUCAACACCGCCGAGGAUAAAUGGAACUUAUUGCCCGCCUUUCUUAAGGUUAAGGGCCUUGUCAAGCAACACUUGGAUUCUUUCAAUUAUUUUGUUGACACAGAUUUGAAAAAAAUCAUUAAAGCGAAUCAAUUGGUGCUUAGCGAUGUCGAUCCAGAGUUUUAUUUAAAAUAUGUUGACAUUAGAGUCGGACAUCGGUCGACUUCCUCUACAAAAGAUUACAUUGUUCCACCCCAUGAAUGUCGAUUGCGGGAUAUGACAUACUCUGCACCUAUAUACGUUGACAUUGAAUACACGCGGGGUCGCAAUAUCAUUAUGCACAGAGACGUGGAAAUUGGAAGAAUGCCCAUCAUGCUCAGGUCCAACAAAUGCAUUUUAAACAACGCGGAUGAGAAAGUCAUGGCUAAAUUGAACGAAUGUCCUUUAGAUCCAGGUGGGUACUUUAUUGUCAAUGGAACUGAAAAAGUCAUUUUAGUGCAAGAGCAACUGUCCAAAAACCGUAUCAUUGUCGAGGCCGAUGAGAAAAAAGCAAUCGUACAAGCAUCUGUAACAUCUUCUACACACGAAAGGAAAUCCAAAACUUACGUUAUUACCAAAAAUGACAGAAUUUAUUUGAAGCACAACUCCAUUGCCGAGGAAGUGCCCAUUGUCAUAGCCUUGAAGGCCUGUGGUGUUGUUUCUGAUCUUGAAAUCAUGCAGCUGGUGUGCGGUAACGAUAGCAGUUACCAGGACAUAUUUGCUGUCAAUUUUGAAGAGGCUGCCAGAUCCAAAAUUUACACCCAGCAACAGGCGUUAGAAUAUAUCGGAUCAAAAGUUAAGACAGUGAGAAGACAAAAGUUAUCGAUUUUGCAAGAAGGCAUUGAGGCCAUUGCAACUACUGUCAUUGCCCAUCUGACUGUAGAAGCUCUGGACUUUAGAGAAAAAGCAAUGUAUGUCGCUCUGAUGACAAGGAGAGUGGUUAUGGCCAUGUUCGAUCCUAAGAUGGUCGACGAUAGAGACUAUGUCGGUAAUAAGAGACUUGAACUCGCUGGCCAGCUGAUGUCGCUUCUUUUCGAAGAUUUGUUCAAAAAAUUCAACAACGAUUUCAAGGCCAACAUUGAUAAAGUCUUGAAGAAACCAAACAGAGCCAUGGAGUACGAUGCGCUUUUAUCCAUUAAUGUCCAUUCUAAUAAUAUUAGUAGUGGACUUAAUAGAGCAAUUUCAACGGGUAACUGGUCGUUAAAGAGAUUUAAGAUGGAAAGGGCAGGUGUUACUCAUGUUCUGAGUCGUCUUUCUUACAUAUCAGCUCUCGGGAUGAUGACAAGAAUUUCUUCGCAGUUCGAAAAAUCUAGAAAAGUUUCCGGUCCAAGAGCGUUGCAACCCUCACAGUUCGGAAUGCUAUGUACCUCAGAUACGCCUGAGGGUGAAGCAUGUGGUCUGGUUAAAAACCUGGCUUUAAUGACCCAUAUUACGACGGAUGACGAAGAAGAGCCAAUAAAGAAGCUAUGUUAUCUCCUGGGUGUCGAAGACAUUACUGUUAUUGACAGCUACUCACUGCAUUUGAACUAUGCUGUCUACUUAAAUGGUACCAUUAUUGGCACCAUUAGAUUCCCCACGAAAUUUGUGACACUAUUCAGACACUUGAGGAGAACUGGCAAAGUCUCUGAAUUCAUUUCAAUUUACACAAACAGUCACCAAAAGGCAGUCCAUAUUGCCACUGAUGGGGGUAGAAUUUGUCGUCCUUUAAUCGUAGUGACGGGAGGAAAAUCCCUAGUUGAAGCUCACCAUUUGAAAAAACUUUUAGAGGGCGAACUUCAGUUUGAUGACUUCUUAAAAUUAGGAUUGGUGGAAUAUCUGGAUGUCAACGAAGAAAAUGACUCUUUUAUUGCAUUGUAUGAAAAGGAUAUCGACGUGAACAUUACACAUUUGGAAAUCGAGCCUUUCACUGUGCUAGGAGCCGUCGCUGGUUUAAUUCCAUACCCUCACCACAACCAAUCACCACGUAAUACUUACCAAUGCGCUAUGGGUAAGCAAGCGAUAGGUGCUAUAGCAUACAAUCAGUUCAAGAGGAUUGACACUUUAUUGUACUUGAUGAUCUAUCCUCAACAACCAAUGGUGAAAACAAAAACUAUUGAGCUGAUCGACUACGACAAACUCCCAGCUGGCCAAAAUGCUACGGUUGCCGUCAUGUCUUAUUCUGGAUACGAUAUUGAAGAUGCGCUGGUCCUGAAUAAGUCUUCUAUUGACAGAGGCUUCGGUAGAUGUGAAACGCGGAAAAAAACAACAACAAUCCUCAAAAGAUACCCUAACCACACUCAAGAUAUCAUUGGUGGUAUGCGUGUCGAUGAAAAUGGGGAGCCAAUUUGGCAGCACAAGUCUCUCGGUCCUGAUGGUCUAGGUGAAGUUGGUAUGAAAGUCGAGAGUGGACAAAUCUACAUUAACAAGUCUGUUCCGACCAAUGCAUCUGACAGCGUGUUGACCCAAACCAAUGCACAAUACAGAGAGACGCCAGUUGUUUACAGGGCACCGGAGCCAUCGCAUAUAGACCAAGUCAUGAUGUCAGUGUCUGAGAACGACCAAGCAUUGAUAAAAGUCCUUUUGAGACAAAAUAGACGACCUGAAUUGGGGGAUAAGUUCUCUUCUAGACACGGUCAAAAAGGCGUUUGUGGUAUUAUUGUCAAACAGGAAGACAUGCCUUUCAAUGACGACGGUGUGGUUCCUGACAUCAUCAUGAACCCUCAUGGUUUCCCUUCUCGUAUGACGGUCGGCAAAAUGAUAGAGUUGAUAUCGGGGAAGGCUGGAGUUUUGAAUGGCACUUUGGAAUACGGUACUUGUUUUGGUGGAUCCAAACUGGAAGAAAUGUCUCAAAUUCUGGUCGAUAAAGGAUUUAAUUACUCAGGGAAGGAUAUGCUUUAUUCAGGUAUCACGGGUGAAUGCUUAGAAGCCUAUAUUUUCUUUGGUCCAAUUUACUACCAGAAACUAAAACACAUGGUUUUAGACAAAAUGCAUGCCAGAGCUAGAGGGCCCAGGGCCGUGCUAACUCGUCAACCAACCGAAGGUAGAUCCAGAGACGGUGGUUUAAGACUUGGUGAGAUGGAAAGAGACUGUGUUAUAGCGUAUGGUGCCUCCCAGCUUCUGCUUGAAAGACUCAUGAUCAGUUCAGACGCUUUUGAAGUUGACGUCUGCAACAAGUGUGGUCUGAUGGGUUACAGCGGAUGGUGCACAUCUUGCAAAAGCGCAGAAAACAUCAUUAAAAUGACAAUCCCUUACGCGGCAAAACUGCUUUUCCAAGAACUUUUAUCCAUGAACAUCGCCCCAAGACUUAGACUAGACGACGUGUUCGAACAGUAA